AUGGAAUCCGACCCAGCAUUCAGUGACCUGGCGGACGGGCCGAUGAGUUCGCAGACGAUAUCGGACCAACUGGAUACUCACUCGCAGGCCUCAAAUCGUGACUCGGUCUCCAGUUUCAACAGCACCCCCGCCCGAUCCCUAAGCGCCAGCAAAAAGAAUGUCACUCCGAUCCCCGCGAACCUGCUACCCUCAGCUCCCGCCUCACCACCCACGCCCGCACCUAGUCCGACACCUCACCAGCGACCCCCGAACUGGGCCUCGUCGGACGAAGAAGAGAAUACAUUUUUGCUCAAUCUCCGCAUCCACUUCAGCACUCUGUCCAACGCCCGAAAACAGAAACUCCUGGAGGGCAUCUUGGAUGUAUGCGACAGCCAACAACUCAGUUUUGUCUCGAGCUAUGUUGGCCCGCGAUUAAGAAAGGACCCCUUUCAAGUCUUUCCGAAUGAACUUUGCUUGAGAGUUCUAUCUUUCAUCGACGAUCCGAAAACACUCGCACGAGCUUCGCAGGUCUCAAUACGCUGGCGCGAACUCCUCAACGACGACAUCACUUGGAAGAACCUAUGCGAGAAACACGCUUACUCCAUGCGCCGGCAUUCGCAGGACGAUGGUCUCGAACCGUUCACCGCCAAAUCCGGAGAGUCGAAAUCCGAGUCCAGCUCGUCCAGCAACCUUCAACGGCGUUUGACGGUGUCUAACGGGCAGUCGGUCGAGACCACCCCCGAGCUUCCCCGCGCUUUGUCGGAUGACUGGCUCCCACCCACCAACUUCCCCUCUCGCAGACUCCGAACCCGACCUGUCUCCUAUCGAUCACACUUCAAGCAGAAAUACAUGGUUGAGUCGGCUUGGAAUAAAGGUGGCCGAUGCACUCAGCGGCAUAUCACCCCCGACCAAGGGGUGGUCACGAGUUUGCAUCUCACCUCGAAAUACAUUGUCGUCGCCCUGGAUAAUGCCAAGAUUCAUGUAUACGACACCAACGGUGAUAAUCAGAAAACGCUCCAGGGGCACGUCAUGGGGGUAUGGGCCAUGGUUCCCUGGGAUGAUAUCUUGGUUAGCGGAGGGUGCGACCGCGAGGUGCGAGUGUGGAAUAUGGCUACUGGGGCUGGAAUCCAUCUGCUUCGUGGUCACACAUCAACGGUCCGAUGCUUGAAAAUGUCCGACCGGAAUACUGCCAUCUCCGGGUCCAGAGACACCACACUCCGCAUCUGGGACUUGUCAACGGGGACGUGCCGCAACGUCCUGGUUGGGCACCAGGCCAGUGUCCGGUGUCUGGCGAUCCACGGCGAUCUGGUCGUGUCAGGCAGCUAUGAUACGACUGCUCGGAUAUGGAGUAUAUCUCAAGGCCGCUGUCUCCGUACGCUCUCGGGCCAUUUCAGUCAAAUCUACGCGAUUGCAUUUGACGGGCGACGGAUUGCCACGGGUAGUUUAGAUACUAGCGUCCGAAUCUGGGACCCACACUCUGGGCAGUGUCAUGCCAUUCUUCAAGGCCAUACCUCGCUGGUUGGGCAACUGCAGAUGCGCGGAGAUACUCUUGUGACGGGAGGCUCCGAUGGCUCUGUGCGUGUGUGGUCCCUGACAAAGAUGGCGCCGAUCCACCGACUGGCGGCCCAUGACAACAGUGUCACCAGUCUUCAGUUCGAUAACACUCGAAUUGUCAGUGGUGGCAGUGAUGGUCGCGUGAAAGUAUGGAACCUGCAGACUGGUCAGCUGCUGCGGGAACUCUCGAGCCCGGCGGACGCUGUUUGGAGAGUUGCCUUUGAGGAAGAAAAGGCUGUCAUCAUGGCGAGCCGAUCCGGCCGCACAGUAAUGGAGGUCUGGUCAUUCGCCCCGCCUCCAGAGGAGGAUGACGACGUUGUUAUCGAAAGUACCUCUAGCACGCCCGGCAUCAGUUCCACCGACGACAGCGACUUGGCCCUCGACCCUCGCCGCCGCACUCUCUUCUCAGACCCGCCCCCGACCAUCUCGGGUAGUGAUGCGGACCAGCCGAUGCCAGAUGCGCCCUCCUGA